AUGUCCUCACAACCACCUCCUUCUUCCUCGUCUUCCUCGAACAACACCAACAACAACACAAAUUUGCCCUCCACAACCACCCGACCCUCUUCCAUUCCUUCUUCUCCUUCAAGUUCCAAUAAUAAUAAUAACAACAACAUGAUGAUGCGUUCUUCUCCGAAACCAUCCGGUGGCAUGAUUCCCCAAUAUCAACAAUAUUUUCACUUGUUGCAAUCCAUGACCUCUGGUUCUUCUUUACCCAUUCCAUCGACUUCGACUUCAUUGAAUUUGUCUCCGAAUUUGAGUGGAUUGCCAACGACUAGCAGUAGUAUUGGAUUGGUUUCGACUUCACCCAUGAUGAGAAGAACGACAUUGAGUGCAAUUUUAGGAACCACUCCGAGUGGAUUGACUCGUUCGAAUCCUACAGCUUUGAGUACCACAACAACAACGAUGACAACGAGUCAAAAUUCUUCUUCGAAAGGAAAUAGUGGUUCAGCUUCUCCAAAGAAUGAGAAUGUGUCUUCCACACCCAUGCUUGUCACAUCGAAUGCUGCUUCUACUACCUUACAAAAUUCAUCGUCUCAAUUAUCGUCACCAGUACCAAUUUCAAGUGCCUUGCCAGUCAAACAUGUUUCUAGUGUCGUCGACGACGACGGAGUCACAACAACAUCUAGCAGCAUGGUCUUGUUGGACUCGAGUGAUUCAAUGCCUUCACCAGCCACUGCAAAACAACGAAAACCACGAAAAAAGAAGGAAGAAGAUCAAGUGAAAAUUGCUAGCGCAACUGAGGAUGAUGCAUCUACGAGUGGUGGUCAAACAGAAGAUGAUGCAUCCAAGAAGGGACGAUCUAAGACUUGUAAGAGAUGGACUGAAGAACAAAAUCGUCUCUUGAAAGAUGCUGUUUUGAGAUAUGGUCCAAGAAAUUGGAAAAAAAUUGCGUCAGAAAUUAGUGGAGGAAUGUUCACAGCUGAUCAAUGUAAUCAACAUUGGCACAGAGUAUUGCAUCCCCGUAUUAUUAAGGGAGAAUGGACUCAAGAAGAAGAUAACCUUCUCUUUGACAAGGUUGCUGAAUACGGAGAAUCUAGUUGGACCAAGGUUGCUGAAUUUCUCAUUGGAAGAACAGACAUUCAAUGUCGUCACAGAUAUUUCCAAAAGAAAAAAGAAGUGGAAACUGGUUCAAGAAGAAAGUCCACUUCCACAUUUUCGUCACCUUCUCUUGCUUCAUCCACUGGUGCUUCUCCCAGUUUGGGAGUCACAGCAGAUGGAGGCAUGUUAUCUCCACAACUUGCAGAAGGUGUUCGUGUGAACAUGCCAACUCCAUCGCCACCUCUUGGCAUUUCUCCUAGCUCAAUACUAGAUUCAGGAAGUACUUCUAAUUUCGUUCAUCAACACAAAAUUACAUUAUUUACGACUCCAUCAACCGUUCCACUUCAGGAAAGACUGAAAGGAGAUUCCUCUAUCAUUUUGGGUCCACAACAAGUGUUAACUUCACCCAAUUUGCAACACAGUAGUAGUAGUGGAGGUGGCGGUGGCGGUGGUGGUACAUUUUCCUCUCCAUCUUUAUCCAUGGAACCCAAACAAAGAGUCACACAAUUUUCCUAUCUCGAAAAGGACGGAAUUGAUGAAAGUGAUUUCAAAGAUGACAUGAUGAUCAUGUCUUCUUCGACUGGUACCUCACACAAUUUCCCAAAGAGUCAAAUUUCCAUACCACAUGAUGAAAAGAAAUAUACAAUUCCAGUACCUUCUCAACAAGAAGAAAUUUCACACAAACAGCCACCCUACAAUGAAAAUUUAUUACUUUGUGACGAAGAAGAUUUAUCAACUCCUAAACUUGGAACAAGUGGCUCAGAAGAAGACAUGUCUCAUCACAUGAAAAGGGCUACUCCUCAACUUGUAUCGACUCAACAAGAUGAUAUGGAUGAAGAUGAAGAGCCACAUCAAUUAACGAUUGAUGAAAUAGAUACUACUACUUCUCCAGAACUUGUCAAAGCAAAGAAUUUACAAAAAUCCAUCCAAGUACCACCUGUCCAAACAAAUACUUCCAUGAGUACAACUAUUACUACUGGAUCCCCACAAGUUGUGACAACAUCUGGUACCAGUAGUAGUAGUAGUGGUGGUGGUGGUGACCAUCUGAACGCUCUCAAUAACAACACACCAACCAUCACUCCUGCCAAACCAAAGAAACGUUCAAGUGCUCUCAACAGAAUGAGAGGAAACAUCAAUGUGUGGAUUCCAUUUAGUGAAAGUGAAGAACAAGUCUUGUUAACAGAAGUUUACAAACAAUUGUUGGAAAAGAAUGUCAUCCUUCCUCACCAAAAGCUUAAUUUCACAAACAAAGGAACAAACAGUCCAACGGAUUCGAUCAAGCAUGAAAAUGCCAGCUCAUCUUGCACACCACAUGAAGGACAAUUACCUCCAUCCUCAGAGUCCAAUUUAGUGAAUGUUGACAUCCAUGAAGCAACGACAACACCAACAACAACCACAACCACCACGACUAGACAAUCCAUUCUUUUACCUUCUCCAGUUCCAAUUCUAAUGACAUCCAACUCGUCCAUUCCAAGACAAUUAAUUCCGCACAAUAAUCAUCUGAGAAAGACAUCAGAAAAUGUCACAUCUACGAAUCAUGAUGAUGAUGAUUAUGUGGAUGAUAUUGACUUUGUUGAAAUUUUGACUGUGAAUAGUAAUUGUUUCCAUCCAUUGCGUACUCAUCAUUCACUCAAAACUCAUUUUGUGAAACUUCGAGAAAUGUUAGGCGAUGCUGCUUUAUUCAACCUUUCAUCACAGUCAUUGACACCAUCAUCACUACUUCAAGAUCAACCACAAGGUCCAGUGUUAGAACCUUUAUCUCACACUCCUCUUGUGCUUUAUCAAAAAUCAAAUAGUCAUGCUUGGUUGUCUUCAAGUAAGGUUGCCACUCAUCGAACCUCUAGUUUGACCUCAACAAGUUCACAAUCAACAGCAGCAGCAGCAGCAACAUCUCAUUCAGCAGCGAGUGCCACCAUUUCUUCGUCUCCACAAGCAACUCAACCAAACAAACCUGGAAGGAAAAAAAAGAUGGUCAUGUCAGAUGCAACACAAGUCACAACAGCAUCAAUGGCGGAAGAAGGAGCUUCUCGAGCACCAUCUUCAACUGGAAAACCAGGACGAAAGAGAAAAACAAUUCCUGCUGCAGCUUCAACAAGUACGCAACUAUUGUCUCAACCAGGUGUAGCUAGUUCUACAAUGGCUGAACCAACUCGAAAGAAAGUGAAAAAGACUCCCUCUGCUGAGGCAAAGCAUGCAAAGAGCGAAGAUGUGACCUCUCAACCAAUGACCCAAGUGCCUGCAGUUGCUGAUUCCAAUGUGACAUUCCUUCUUCUUAAAAAUUUCAAUGCGCCAGCAACAACCAAACAAAUUCAACCUUCAAAGACGACACUUCCAUUAGAUACACCUCUUUCACAGAUUAUUUCAACUAUUCGAGGAAGUCUUUCACUCAGUUAUGAUCCAGAAUUGUAUUGUGAGAGCUCGCUAGUUUCCAACACUGCACAAUCUUUGCGGAAUUUGAUGGAAGAGAAAAAUAUUCGACAUGACGAAUUGGUGAUCUUUUACAAAUAA